AUGUAUCUAUCAACAGUGCCUUGCUUGCCGAUCGAGAUCGUCGAAGUCAUCCUUCGACUGUCGCUGCGAAUCAAUGGCUCUUCGGAGGACGAUGGUCAUCCUCAGACGCUUUCCCGAGACAACUCGUCUGCGCUGACUCCAUCACAGAAACCUGGAUUACCCAUCCACAUUCGGCACGCUGCAGCCAUCAGUUUACUGUCAAGGCGGUACUGUCAUCUCUUCCAACCAUAUCUCUAUCGACAUGUGACUUUUUCGAACAUUUUCAGCCUUCGAUUGUUCGCUCGCACCUUGUCAUCACGUCCCGAUCUUAGCACGCAAGUUCGAUCGCUUGUCGUCCUCACAGAUACGCAGGAGGAUCUGUCAGUUUCGGAUGCGCCAGAUCAGAGUUCCUGCAGCGCCACCAUGCUGCAGUCGGCCGCGAGUGAAAUCUUGUCGGCUUGUCCGAAUCUGACGCACCUACUUCUGAAUUGUCACCAGGUAGACUAUCUUUCCGCAGCACUCUACAACUUGCUGCGCCCGAAAGAAGUCAGUCUGGUCAAUGUGCUGAAAGAGGAUGACUUGAACGGCAUCUUGACGCGACACCGCGAUCUUACCGCCGCCGCUUUGCAGAACGAUCCGCGCAUCCGGUCCAUCUUGUUUUCCAGUAUUGCAGCGCAUUCGGAACAACCGAGCUCUUCCAACGAGGCGCUUUCAUCAAUCGCGCCACAAGCUGAGCGCUCGCUCUCGCAUCUUCAUCUGGUCCAUUUCAAUGGUCGCCUGUUGCAUCGUCUGGCAACCUUGUCCUCUCUCACACACCUCGUUCUCACGUAUCCCCAGGUUCCCGAAAGGCGACCAGGCGCUCCUGGCCUCUCGGUCAUUCCACGGUCGCACUUGAUGCUACUCCUUGGUUCCGGAAACAUUGCACGCAUCGUCAUCCGCGCUGAUCUAGCCACCUGCAUCCGUAUCAUGGAGGAGAUUGCGCCGAUCGAAGAUCGUAACCUCGUGUUCCGGCCCAUUCGACCUGACUCCGACGCAUUGUUCACUGGUGCGGCUCUAGAGUCGACCAGAAUAGCCCAACUGGGAGCGGAAGCGGCCGCUCUUUACGACUCCAUCGCUUUGAACAAGCUCGACCUGCUGGCAGAAUUUUACAACCGGGUGCGUCGUGACGCGCGUCGGAUCGAAUGUUCCACCACUUCCGCAACGGAUGCCGAUAGCAGUCGCGGCUCCACCGGGCGUAGCCAGGGUCGUAGCUCAGACAGCUCGUGUGCCAGCACCGGUCAAAGUGUAUCAUCGGCGUGCGCUGACAGUGAAGAUGGAGAAGCCGGGCAGCACUUGCCGCCGCAAGACGAACCUGAAUUGGAUGCUCUCUCUGAUGACUAUGAUUCUGGCGACGAGCCAGCUUUUGGCAAUGGUCCUCACUCGCACCUUGAACCUGCGCUACCGACUGUCAACACCAACGCGCCUCCACUCAACAUUCCCAUCGAAGAGCUUUUGCGAUCCGAACGCUUUGGACCAGUGGAACUCGCGCGUCAGCAAAGCACAUCUUCGCCUCCGAGCAGGGGGACAGAACAGACGAGCCAUACUCCACCACAUAUGUAUCAGGGUCAGCGUCGACGUCGACCCCGGUUUACGUCGCGACAAACACCGUUCAGCUUGCGUGUCGCGGACCUGGCUGGUGCAACGUUGGAGAAUAUCGAGCUGUGCACGCAGCUUUAUCACGCGCUUGUUGGCCAAGCAGGUCCUCGUGGUGGUGUCUCGUCGAGCGCGCUAUCAGAAAUGUCUUUCUGGUAA